UGAACGGUCACUUGUUUUGAUUCUAAGAAGAAUAUUCUGUUUUUAUUGACACACUAAACUUUUGCUAAGGAAACUAAAGAAUUAUCUUAUGAGAUAUAAUUCCUUUUCAAUUCUAGUCAUACAAAAGUUUUUUCAUAAAUUAUUCUAUAUAUUGAUGAACCAGACAAAAUUGAAUAUCGUCAAUCAAAGAAAAAGAAUGAUAUGGGAAACAUUUUACUUCAAAAUUCACGAUUAUCAUUGAAAACAUCAUCGAUGCCGAAUUCAACAAUGAAUCCAAGAAUCGUUGAAAAAUUGAAUCGGAUAAAAUAUUAUUUUGCAUCACGUACAUCAGCUUAUGAUGACAUUUGGAACAUAUGCUAUCGUCUUUCGGAUGAGAUUCAAGAACAAGUCCUGGAUGUGUUUAUCUUGACAUUUAUUGAUCAUUGGGAUAAAGAAUUGGAACGCUAUGUUCUACUAUGUGAACGUAGCCUUAUUCUAAUGGAUUUUGAUUUCGAACGUCUUGAGAUUCGACAAUUAUUCAUCUAUGAUUAUGCUCGUUUCAAUUCAAUACGUAUUGGUCCAUUGAUUUAUCCACAAAUGGCAUUAAAUUGCUCUAAUCAUCGGUUCAAAUAUGCCAUACGAUUUCAAUGGGACUCACAUAAGCCGUUACACAAUCGUGACUAUUGGAAUCCAUGGUCCAAAGAAAUACCUUGGAUCACAUUAGCUCAACAUCCCCUAGUCUUUUAUAUUGAUGAUUUAUUGAGCGAUGAAUAUAUUAACCACGAUGUUUCGAAUGGUUCCUCUUUUAUUGAAGAUCAAUAUUUUACCGAAGAAUACCUCCAACUAAUUCGACGACGUUUUUCCAUUGAAACCUUCCAUGAUAAAUUGAUGGAAAUUUUGAAUUCGUUUCAAGUACAACCUGUACUCAAUUAUCCACGACUUAUAACUAUAUCUGGAUUGGUUUUAUCAUCAAAUUCAAAUGAUGAUGAAAGUCAGCCAUUGAUGUUGAACACGGCGCUAGAGGAUGCUGUCCGCCGUAAUGUUUUAUUUGAAAUGUAUCAUUCAUCUAAUCAAUCUCUUACCAUCAUACAUUAUGCAUGUAUAAUGUGUGAUAAUUAUUUCAAUAUACCGUCUAUGCUAUUUAAUCGAAUCAAUCUUGGCUAUUAUCGCCUUCGUUUAUUUUAAAACGUUUGAUCUCAUGUUGACACUACUGUAUUCAUUUUAAUUAUUGUUAAUAUUGGUUUUGAUUGAGAAAAAAUCUAAA